AUGGUGGCGUCGGUGGUUGGUGGAGGCUACUAUAUCAAGAGACGGCGCAGCUCUCCGGAUGACAGCGAAUAUGCACCAUACGCUGGAACUGGACCAGGUUUUAAAAAGAAGGGUGACAAAGGCGAUGAGUCUCUAGCGUACAAAGCGCAACUCCACCAGUAUCAGCAGGCAAAACAGAAGAUCAUCUGCGGUGAAGACGCUCCUGGUAAGCGUUUU